CAACAUGGCGGAAGAUAGCUGCCUUUUCGCCAAAACAUUGCGACAGUUUGCACGAUCUGCAGGUGGAAUCAACCCCACACCCCUUCCUAAAGUUGAGAGGCUACUGUCUUACUGCCCGCGUGAGUCGUCAUGCCGGGGUCUACGACUGGACAAACGGGCACAAGACGCAGUGAUUGCCCUUGGAAUCUACUUCCUCGAGUCUGGACUUCAAUACAAGGAUAAGAUCCUGCCCUACCUUCUGAGUGUCCUGAGGGGGCUCACCAAGGCACAAUGGACCAACAACCAGAAACCUCUCAAGUCACAAACACUCCCACGCAGCGAGUGUUUCAGUUUCUGUCUGAACACAAUCCUCAGUGAUGUAGCUAUGCGGGACCAAUCAGUUAGAGAACAGAUAAUUUCUGCUCAAUUGGAAGUUCUUGAAGUGCUAACGAAGCUGUGUGAGGGAUCCUAUGAGAUUCCAAAAGUUGUGCUAUGCACAGCCAUAGUUCCCACCCUCAUUGGAAUGUCGCGAGCAAUUGGGCGUUCGUCCGACGGGUCUGUCCCCUUGAUUUCCAUUCUGUUCCCAUCAGAAGCGACCAGGAAAUCUAAGGUUCCUCCAGUAGACACAUCUGCUGAUUCAAAAGUGAUGUCCUUCCGGUCUAUUCUUCCUCGGACAAUGUCAUCCCACGUGAUUGCGCAAGAAUCGUCCGGGCCGUCAAGUCCUGUCAACAUUCCAUCACUGGCCUUUCCAUCGCCAAGGUCACGAGAAAGGUCACCAUCUCCGAUACCAAAUCAGAUCAAAGAAAAACCAACACAAGAUGAGGAGUUAGACCCUGCAGUACAUUAUUUCAACAAAGUGGGGUCAAGUCUCACCCAGACUAAACCUUGGGGCUUUGAGAUUAUCCCUGAACGGGAUCACCUUAAGUUUUCCAGUUCGCAUCUCCAAACACUGGUGGGAGUGGCUCGACGACUUUUGAACAAGGACUCUUUGAGACAUCUGGAUGGUUCGUUGAAGGAUUUCUACGCAGAGCUAGAGCCAAAUAACAGCUUCAGCUGGUUUCCGUACAAGUCGUUCACCGAGGCCAUUGCACUGGUGAUCAUCACUCUGCUGAGAGAUGUACUGGAACAGGAGAAAGACCUGCCGUUGAGCUUCAUGAGCGACGUGCAGGACUUUGCUACAGGGAUGUACCAGACAAGCCAGGCAGAGCUAGACAAGAAGCCGCGGCCUCAUCGGGAUGGUGAACAUAAGUGGCACUUCAACCCAUAUGACUUGACGGUCCUCAGCAGUGCGGCAUGUGUGGACCUCCUGUUCUGGGCAGUCCGGGAGGAGCAAGAUGCAGAAAAUUUAUGUCUGAAAUUGUCUGAGAAGAUCAGUAUGAACACGGAGAGUAAACUCCUGCUCUCCCACACUCCCCUCAUCCUGGUAGCCUUGGAGGCUUUAGGAAAAUUGGCUGUGAAGUUUCCCUACCUGGCGUCAAGUAUGUGUUCCUCGCUCCGGGACUUCCUGGUAUGUCCCUCACCACUUCUCAGCAAACUCAACAAGUAUGCCACGCCAGACGGCCGCAGCAGCAUUAAGAUCACUGUCACUGACGGCACCAACUCUUCCACUGCCACGCACUUGCCAGCCGACAGCAAGCGUAACAGGCCUAUGAAUAAGCUGCUCAAGGCAUUGGAGAAUAUUCGUGACUGUGCCAUCAUGAACAUCUGCAGGGCAUUAAAGUCAGGCCUCCCGGUCGAGCCAGAGUGUGUUCAAGCAUUUUUAGCGACGACCUCUAACCGACUGUACCGUGCCGAGAUGUCGGACAGGAGCAAAAACAAGACGGGAAAGGAACACUGGAAGCAGGUCAAACUUGUAAUGAAAUUUAUUCGUCCGACCACAGCGAAGGCCAGUUCGGAUGCUAGGGACAUGCUAAGGGAGUCAACAUUGAUUUCGACCAACACAAUUCUGACCCUAGGACAUGUGGCCGUAGCUCUAAAGGACACACCCAAAACUGUAGAGGCUGUUCUUCAGAUUUUCCAGCAGCGCUUCUGUUCACCUCCCUCCGCACUGGAUGUGCUAAUUAUAGACCAGCUGGGCUGUAUGAUAAUGGCUGGCUGUUCGUGUGUUUACCAGCAGGUGAUGUCGAUGUUCACCCAGAUUAGUAUCGAGAGUAGCUCCCCUUACACCAAGGGAGAUGCGGACGAAAAGGUGAAAGGGUACAGACAAGUAUCUUUGGCUGUGAUAAAUGCCCUAGCCAACAUUGCGUCCAACAUCCAGGGGGAAGGGGAGCAGCAAGAACUCCUGGUCCGGCUGCUGGAGCUCUUCGUCAACAUGGGUCUUGCUGCCAAACGUGCCAGUGAAAAAACGUCCGGCGCCAUGAAGGCGUCCAGCAGUGCUGGUAACCUAGGGGUGUUGAUUCCAGUUAUAGCUGUGUUGGUGAGAAGACUGCCUGUGAUUCACGACCCCAAACCUCGCCUCCAGAAGUUGUUCCGAGAUUUCUGGCAGUACUGUGUUGUGUUUGGUUUCGUAGUCGAGGAAUCAGCCCUGUGGCCCCCGGAGUGGUACGAGGGUGUAUGUGAAAUAGCAGCCAAGUCUCCACUCCUCAUCUCCAAGGAACAUCUCCGCUCGGAGCUCCAGUACAACGUCGCUCUCAGGAAUGACACAGUUGCACCGGCGGAGUUAAACGAGAUAAGAACAAGUAUCUGUAAUUCCUUGGACAACAAUCCCGAUGCUUACCCCCUCAUACAGAAACUCUCGUUCGCACAAUGUACCUACCUCAUGUCAGUCUUCAAACUUGAGACACUCAGAGUACAGAACUCAGAUUACCUAUCAGCAUUCCAUGGAAUAUUUAAGUACCUAGAAGAUAACACUAUCUUCAAGGACAAAGCAGGUAUGUGGCAGUGUAUUGUGGCCGUAUCAGACAAGGUGUUUGACAAACUACUGGACACCCUGGAAGAACGGCCCAAGACAGUAGCCAGAGGGGAGGAGCUCGAACAUCACGCCCAGUUCCUCAUGGUCAAAUUUAACCACAUCCAUCGUCGGAUCAGGAGGGUAGCCGACAAGUACCUGGCUGGCCUCAUCGAUAGGUUUCCUCACCUGUUCUGGAGCGGUACUAUGCUGAAAAGUAUGUUGGAUGUAUUACAGCUCCUGUCAAAGGCACUGGAGAUGGACCCUAACCAGGAUGCCCCAGAAUUCCAGGUGCCCAACUCGCCCUUCCACCUGAGAGUCCCAGACAACCUGACAGACAGGGAGACACUGGUCAAGGAUUUCGCCCUGCGCUGUCAGUCCAUCCUGCAGGAGUCGAUGAAAUGGGCACCCAACACGACACGCUCACACAUGAUUGAGUAUCUACUGAGGAUGGAGAACACGUCCCAGGGUUUACUAACACAUAGCGGACUGGCACUAGCGACGGAGAGUGUCCUCAACUACGCGGGCUACAACAAGUCUGCUGCUCCCUUGGGGACAGCGACUCUGGAUCGUCGUCCAAACUGUGUGACUACAGACAGCUCCAGCUUCAUGGCCACAUUCAGCCUCCGUAGCCGUUACACAGGGGAGGUUUCUGGGAUGAAAUCGGUUUGUGAUGAAUCUGAACUGACCAAGAUGCUUUGUGACAAACUGAAGAUAGCUCUCCAAAGCGGCGAUGAAAACAAAUGCAAGCAAGCCAUGUUUAGAGUGUGUGCCCUGUUAGUGUCAGUGAAAGAUUUCAACCGUCGCUUGGUACAUGCUUUGUGCUGGGCCCCGAUACAGAAAUUCACCGACAGGAUCAUGGAGUGUACCGUCUCAUGUUGGGAGUGGAUGUUGGCAGCUCGCCCAGACUUUAGCAUAGAGUUCCUGUGUGAAAUGGCUGCAGCCUGGCAGAUCACCAUUGAUAAGAAACUGGGAAUAUUCCAAGAGGAUCGGCCCAGUAUUGAUCCACUGGCAAAGGCCGAGGGGCAGAUUCUGGAACCCAAUCCUCCGUAUGCAGGGCCACACCAAAUCUGGACUAAGUUUUUGGCGGAGCGUAUAGAAGUGGCACGGUACAGCUCUGACGACCAGGUCAGCAUCCUGUGUAGUCUCCUCAAUAAAUCCCUGGCCAUCGGUGUCGGCAAGCAGCCCAGUCAAAUCUCGCGUCACCCUGCUGCAGUCGGCCCGCGCACAAGGCUACUGACAAUGGCCCUAUCCCUAUUACAAGGAGACUUCCUGUCCAAGACUACAAACAAGACAGUUCUCAGAGAGAGGGUCUACGCUGCAGCACUUGACUAUUUUGCUGGGCCAGCGAUAUACCCGACCCAGCGUAGUGUUCACUUGCGGGAGGACAUCAUCACCAUCAUCAAGUUUUGGAAACAGAUGCACGGGGAUAAAAAGUACUUAACGCAGAACACAGUGCCGUUUGGUGGAAGUGUGGGUGGGGGAGACACCAAUACCCUCAACAUGUCCCAGAGCGCCGGUAUCUCCACGGACCUGAUGCAGCAGACAAAGUGGAUCAAUACUAUCAACUCGGGCAUGUCCACGUACUCAAAACGCUCCUCAAGCCUGUCCAUAGGACCACAUCCAUCGUAUCCGUCUGCUAUGUCUAUGAGGAAAAACCAGGGGACUAACUCUGGUCUCGUAAAGGAAUAUCUACGUAAACGAACGCUGAUCCUCACCCUGAUGGGCUAUGCAUUGGAGGAGUUUAUUACCUGGCACAAUCCACUGGAAAUUCCGGACCUGAAAGUUCCCGACGAGGACAAGAUUGCCAUCUGGAGAAGCCAGGCCGUCAGUGAGAAAACCUGGCGGGAACAAGCGAGAUCAUCAUGGGAACUGUCGCCAACACUGUCCGUUUAUCUCCCUUCCAGAAUCAAGAAAUCUGAGGCCUUAGUAAAAGAAGUAAUCCGAUUAGUUCGUCUGAACCCAGGAGCAGUGAGCCACAUCCCCUCAGCCAUCCGUUUCCUCGUCACCCCGGAGAGUGUGGAGGCUGAUUCUCCAGAGCUAAGUCACAUGUUGACGUGGUCGGUGGUAUCCCCAGUCGUGGCUUUGUCCUACUUCUCGCGACAGUAUCCACCUCACCCAAUCACAGCCCAGUACGCUGUCAGAGCUCUUAGGUCACACCCGCCGGAAGCUCUGCUCUUUUACAUUCCUCAGCUGGUCCAGGCUGUCAGAUACGAUACGAUGGGGUACAUGGCCGAUUUUAUCCUGUGGGCGUCCAAACAUUCCCAGUUACUGGCCCACCAGCUGCUGUGGAAUAUGAAGACAAAUGUUUACCGGGACGAGGAAGGACAAGAAAAAGAUGAGGAGAUUGGUGACACCCUGGACCGACUGAUGGAUGCCAUCAAGAGGUCGCUUUCUGGACCUGCACUUAUGUUCUACGAACGAGAAUUUGAUUUCUUUGGUAAAAUCACCUCCAUUUCUGGAACCAUCAAACCCUUCCCCAAAGGACCAGAGAGGAAGAAGGCGUGUCUGGAGGAACUCAGUAAGAUCAAGCUUCAGCCAGGAUGUUAUCUGCCCUCUAACCCGGAAGCUAUCGUAGCUAAGAUUGAUUAUAAGUCGGGUACACCUAUGCAGAGUGCUGCCAAGGCACCGUUCCUGGCUCGGUUCGGCGUGAAGAAAUGUGGGAUUACUGAACUGGAAAACCUUGGUAUGAGUGACACCUCCAAUCUAGCCAUUCAAGAACAGGAUCUUGUGUGGCAGGCAGCCAUUUUCAAAGUUGGUGACGAUGUCAGACAGGACAUGCUGGCACUCCAGGUGAUCUCAAUGUUUAAGAAUAUCUUUGAGCAAACAGGAUUGGAGCUAUUUCUAGUACCAUAUCGGGUGGUGGCCACCUCUCCUGGGAAUGGGGUGAUAGAGUGUGUGCCAGACAGUAGAUCUCGUGACGAGAUAGGGAAACAGACGGAUAUCAGUAUGUACAACUACUUCAUACAGACGUACGGGGAUGAGGAUACUCACGACUUCCAGACCGCAAGGAGAAACUUCAUCAUCAGUAUGGCAGCCUACAGCAUCGUGAGCUUCCUACUACAGCUGAAGGACCGACACAACGGCAACCUGAUGUUAAACAGCGCUGGUCACAUCAUACAUAUAGAUUUUGGCUUCCUGUUUGAAAGUUCCCCGGGAGGUAAUCUCGGCUGGGAGCCCGACUUUAAGCUCACAGAGGAAAUGGUGCUAAUCAUGGGCGGGGCCAUGGAGGCCGCACCCUUCCAGUGGUUCAUGGAGCUUUGUGUGCAAGGAUACCUGGCUGUCAGGCCAUACCAGGAAGAGAUUGUCUCCCUUGUUUCUUUGAUGCUGGACACAGGGUUGCCAUGCUUCAGAGGUCAGACCAUCAAACAACUGAGGUCAAGGUUCAGACCCAAUGCCUCCGAGCCAGAGGCCGCCAAUUACAUGCUCAAGGUCGUUGAGAAGUGCUACCUGAGCUGGAGAGCAAGUUCCUACGACAGGAUUCAGUUUAUACAGAAUCAGAUUCCAUACUAAUGGUCCGAACUCCUGAAGGUCAAAG